UUUGUCAUAAUUUAUUUACUAUUUCUACUUAAUUGUUGCUAUUAUAUUUCCAAAUUAAUAGGACGAAAACAAUAAAUAAUCAUGAACUGCUUCGAGAACGUGACUGUGCCGAAUUGCGUGUGGUUUGAAGGAGGAGAAAGGCGCAAUAUAUUUGCGUCGAUGGUUGCAGGUUUUCUGUUCUUUACAGGAUGGUGGUUUAUAAUUGACUCAGCAUCUAAGUACCCCAGUGACCUACCAAAUGCAGCACAUGUCUGCGGAGUGAUGGCCACCAUAUCUUUGGUUAUGAUUAACUCGGUUUCAAAUGCACAGGUGCGAGGAGAGACGUACACCGGGGGCUGUAUGGGGCCGCGCGGCGCGAGGCUCUGGCUAUUCAUGGGCUUCGUUGUGGGCUUCGCGUCGCUCAUCGCCGCCUGCUGGAUACUGUUUGCCAAUUAUGUUAACACUGGUAAACCAGGCUCAGAUGCGACCAAAAACACCUGGGCCGGGGUGAGCCUGUUCCUCCAGAACGCGUUCAUCUUCGCCGGCUCACUGGUCUUCAAGUUCGGCCGCGCAGAGGACCUGUGGGGCUAAACCUAGCAAGUAACC